GCAAUAUAUGACGUCGCACAGGCAUAAAGAUCUCCUCAACAUAUCAUAACCCUGCUCCAAAACACGAGCAAAUUAAUUAGCGCCUCAUGCUCACCUCCACUCCUCCACUCUUCUCCGCCAUGGAGCACCACCACCACCAUGUCAGGCCGGACGGCGAGCUCCGGCUCCUCCUCCUCCCCGCCACGGCACCCACCACGCCCCGCGACGACGACGGAGCCGCCGCCACCUUGUUCCCGCCGGCGCAGCCGCCGCGCGACCACCCGCAGCUCGACCUGAGCCUGUCCAUCCGCAUUGGGCCGCCGCCGCCGCCGCCGUCGCACACGCGCACGGCGACGGCGACGGCGCAGGCGCAGGCCGGCCAGCAGAAGAAAGCAUCAGCAGCAGCGGGCUUCGACGACGGCGACGGCGACGACGUGCGGGCGCUGAAGCAGCAGGCGGCGGAGCAGGCGCGGCUGGCGUCGGCGGAGCGCGCGUACGCGGAGCGCGUGAUGGAGCUGGCGCGGCGGGAGCUGGAGGUGGCGGAGCGGGAGUUCGCCCGCGCGCGCGCCAUCUGGGAGCGCGCCCGCGGCGAGGUGCACAAGGUGGAGCGCAUGAAGGAGGUCGCCGCCGCUCGCCGCAUCGGCGCCGCCGCGCUCGAGAUCACCUGCCACGCUUGCAUGCAGCGCUUCCACUCCUAGCGCUAAUUUUUAACUAAUCAACCUCGCCGUCGCCGUCGCCGUCGCCGUCGUUCAUCUCCAUCGUCUCCUUCCUUGGUACGUAGCCAGCUGGCACGCCACGUAGCAUAUUGGCGAUACGUACGUACGGUACUAUGCAUGUACGUGUGCGUAUACACGUACGUACGUACGUACGUACACCAAGCCUCGACGUUUGCUGGAUAUGGCUGUACGUAGUUAGUUCGAUCUGCACACUAGCUUACAUUAGCUGCUCCUUUUGUUUAAUUAAUUUAGCUAAAUUUCGUGUGUUUAAUUAACGUGUGUUGAUUAAUUCAGCCUUGGCUACUACACUUUAUGUGUACUUGAUUCGUUGUGCAAACAGAGAGUAUAAAGGAUUUUAAAGAGAUGUGACUCGUGAUACGAGAAUAUAUCACGUCUCUCUAAAAUUUCUUAUAUCAUGGAAGAAGUUUAUGCUGCACGUUGCUUAACCUUCCAUUUGCUUGAUCUGCUGCUGCGUGCAUGUUGUGGUUCCAUCGUACAGUGGCCAGCCCGAAAAGAGGUAAGGAAUCUAGCAGCAGUUGAGCUAGCUUGCUUUAUUACUACGUACUAAUUGGUGCUUUACAAUUCGGGUGCGUGCUGGAAUAUUGUUAUCAGCAGCUACUUUCAUUAGCAGGUCCAAUCUUUCGAAGGUGAUAAUUGAUAGAGGUAGAAUAUAUAUAUAUAUACACACACAUACAUGUUAAUUUGUUGAUGGGUGAGUUUGUACGCGUGUAUUGAACUGCCUAUCUCCGUGUUUAGUUCUAAAGUUUUUUCUUCAAACUUCUAACUUUUCUAUCACAUCAAAACUUUUCUACGCACAUAAUCUUUUAACUUUUCCGUCACAUCAUUUCAAUUUCAACUAAACUUUCAAUUUUAAUGUGAACUGAACAAAGGCUAUGUCUCUCUACGGUAAAAAUAUCUAUACACGUGAAAUGAGUGUAUCUCUUGGUUGAUUAGGUUCUUAUGGUGGAACAUAUUUGCUGUCUGACUUUAAGCGCUGGACUUGAUAAAGUGCUCGUAUUUGACUAGCUAUGUGUGACUUAAUCUCAAGAGGUAAUAUCUGCGCGCACAUGGUAUAGAAGGUGAGUUUGGUGGUAAAGCGAGUACCUACGCUAGAUUAGGCUUGCAAUCUCAUUUAGAGGUUUGUUAGGAAACAUCCUGUAGGUGUUUAGGAGCAUAAGUAUACGGUUGCGAAAAAAAUUAAAAGAUAUGUAUGAUACUACCUCUUUUUAAAAAAACAUAUGUAUAUAUAUUUUAGAUUGGCAUAGAUAUUAAAAAAGUUGAUAAAAAUAAUUGGAAAUAUAUUGUGUUUGGUUUAGAAGAUGAAGUAAGUGAUUAAAUUAAAGGGAGAAUGGUUGUAAUUGGUUUAGAGUAAGGGGCAGGUGGAAAAAUAGCUUCAUUUUGAGACAAGCUAUUGUGUUAGAAAUAGCUACAUUUUGAGAUAGAGAAAAUAUUCCCUCCAUUUUCAAUUGAUCAUCGUAUAACUUUUUGAGGUUAUUUUUAAAUGAUCAUCAUAUUAGGAUUUGUUCCUUAAGUCAAUUUUUAUUUAUGCAUAAGAGUAAAUGAGCAUUGGUGUUGCAAUAUCUUGGUUUUUUAUUGACUAGGAAAAUAAUGACGAUUGUGUAUACAUUGAGUUUGUUACCAGAGUAAAUAUAUACAUGAGUGUUAUUGGC